UUCAAUGGAAGCGUCUGACAAACAGAGAUGCAGAGCAUUCAACAAAUUUGUGCUUCAGUUUUGUCAGCCAGGAAGUCAUGCCAGGGAGCCCAGAGAACAUCCCCCUGGGGGAGUGCACGCUGUCCCAGUCCAGGGACCAGCUCACGCCCCCGAGCCGCACGGAGAGCACCGUGUUCAGCCUGUCCCGCACCGAGUCAGUUUGGACUACGGAGAAUUCCCCCAAGAAGUCUGAAGUCUUUUGGUUCCCCAUCCACCUCAUGUCUACCGGGGGCAGCUUCCUGGCAUGUGGCAUCAUCAUCAGCGGCCUUUACUUCGCUGGCCACUGCCGGAAAGUCACCAACAUCCUGGGACCAGCCCUGCUGUCCAUUGGAUUGAUGGUUUUUGUGGUGGGCGUGGUCCUGAUUCCUAUUACCAAAGAGAACAGGAAGCGGUCGAAAAUGAAGAAGCCCCUGAGUUAUUACAGGCCUCCGGUGUUUAACCUGUGAGGGCUGUGAUGUUUUUCAGCACAACUAUGUUUGGAUGUAAUUUCAGGAGAAACGUGGAGAACACUCUGAACUGAGGUUAAUAUUUUCAGCUCUGUGGAAAAUGAUUAAUAGAAGACUGUUUGACAACAAUUAUGUUUAUCUCUCUGGAUUGACGACACUAUUGAAGUUUCUAGUGUGCAUGAUGUAAUUUCAUUAAUAACAGCGGCUGUUGAAAAUAGGAUGAGAGCGCAUGGACAGGAAUGCGCUGCAGAAAAUGCAAUUAUUUACACCUGCACAAACAAUUUAGCAAGAAGAUACAAGGCAGUAAAGUGUCCUUAUGAAUAUUUGCAAAGAAUAAAAUAAAAAUUAUGCAAAGACUGACCGUGU